CAGAGACGAGAAGAGAGGAGGGGAGGCCUCCUCCGCCGCCGCCAUCUUGGACCGGGCCCGGUCAGCUUCCGCGGAGCCAUCGGCAGACGCCGCGGCCUCCCUUGAGCCCCGACCCCCGUCGUCAGAACAACCCCGGGCCCACUCCCCCAGCCCCACUUCCGCUUCGCGCCGCUAUCGCGAUAGCGCCCGGGCCCGGGGCGCGAGAAAAAGGCGGCGGGCGCUCGCCUCCCCCGGCUAUCGCGAUACGCUCCUCAGCGGCGGCGCCAGCUCCUGUGCAGCGUCCGUCUCCAAGGGAGUAUGAAGAGAGUGCGUCUGUAGGGCCGGGAAGAUGGCGGACAAGCGCAAACUCCAAGGUGAGAUUGACCGCUGCCUCAAGAAGGUGUCCGAGGGCGUGGAGCAGUUUGAAGACAUCUGGCAGAAGCUCCACAACGCAGCCAACGCGAACCAGAAAGAAAAGUAUGAGGCCGACCUGAAGAAGGAGAUUAAGAAGCUGCAACGGCUAAGGGACCAGAUCAAGACAUGGGUGGCGUCCAACGAGAUCAAGGACAAGAGGCAGCUCAUAGACAACCGCAAGCUCAUCGAGACGCAAAUGGAGCGGUUCAAAGUUGUGGAACGAGAGACCAAAACCAAAGCUUAUAGCAAGGAGGGCCUGGGCCUGGCCCAGAAGGUGGACCCUGCCCAGAAGGAGAAGGAAGAGGUUGGCCAGUGGCUCACGAACACCAUUGACACCCUCAACAUGCAGGUGGACCAGUUUGAGAGUGAGGUGGAGUCCCUGUCCGUGCAGACGCGCAAGAAGAAGGGCGACAAGGAUCAGAAGCAGGACCGGAUCGAGGGCUUGAAGCGGCACAUCGAGAAGCACCGCUACCACGUGCGCAUGCUGGAGACCAUCCUGCGCAUGCUGGACAACGACUCCAUCCUCGUGGACGCCAUCCGCAAGAUCAAGGACGACGUGGAGUACUACGUCGACUCGUCCCAGGACCCCGACUUCGAGGAGAACGAGUUCCUGUACGACGACCUGGACCUCGAGGACAUUCCACAGGCGCUGGUCGCCACCUCCCCCCCCAGCCACAGCCACAUGGAGGAUGAGAUCUUCAACCAGUCCAGCAGCACGCCCACCUCGACCACCUCCAGCUCGCCCAUCCCGCCCAGCCCGGCCAACUGCACCACGGAGAACUCGGAAGACGAUAAGAAGAGGGGACGCUCGACAGAUAGUGAAGUGAGCCAGUCUCCAGCCAAAAACGGCUCCAAGCCUGUCCACAGCAACCAGCAUCCUCAGUCCCCGGCUGUGCCGCCCACCUACUCCUCCGGGCCCCCGCCUGCUGCUUCUGCCUUGACCGCUGCCCCUGGCAACAACGGGGCCCCCACCCCAGCAGCACCUGCAAGUGCCCUGGGUCCCAAGGCCAGUCCAGCUCCCAGCCACAACUCGGGUACUCCCGCCCCCUAUGCCCAGGCAGUGGCCCCCUCGGCCCCCAGCGGGCCCAGCUCCGCCCAGCCCCGGCCCCCCAGUGUGCAGCCGAGCGGGGGAGGCGGCGGUGGCGGCAGCAGCGGCAGCAAUAGCAGUGCCGGUGGAGGCUCUGGGAAGCAGAACGGCGCCACCAGUUAUAGCUCAGUCGUGGCAGACAGCCCAGCAGAGGUGGCCCUGAGCAGCAGCGGGGGCAGCAGUGCCAGCAGCCAGGCCCUGGGCGCCCCCUCGGGCCCCCACAACCCACCGCCCAGCACCUCGAAGGAGCCCAGUGCAGCAGCCCCAGCAGGUGCUGGGGGCGUGGCCCCAGGCUCAGGGAACACCUCGGGGGGACCCAGCCUCCUGGUGCCACUGCCUGUGAACCCCCCCAGCUCCCCGACGCCCAGCUUCAGUGAGGCCAAGGCAGCCAGUGCGCUGCUCAAUGGGCCCCCGCAGUUCACCACCGCCCCGGAAAUCAAGGCCCCCGAGCCUCUGAGCUCCUUGAAGUCCAUGGCGGAGCGGGCGGCCAUCAGCUCUGGCAUCGAGGACCCUGUGCCGACGCUGCACCUGACCGAGCGAGACAUCAUCCUGAGCAGCACGUCGGCGCCUCCAGCCUCGGCCCAGCCGCCCCUGCAGCUGUCGGAGGUGAACAUACCGCUGUCGCUGGGCGUGUGUCCCCUGGGGCCUGUGCCCCUCACCAAGGAGCAGCUCUACCAGCAAGCCAUGGAGGAGGCCGCCUGGCACCACAUGCCCCACCCCUCCGACUCGGAGCGCAUCCGGCAGUACCUCCCCAGGAACCCCUGCCCGACGCCCCCCUACCACCACCAGAUGCCGCCCCCACACUCAGACACCGUGGAGUUCUACCAGCGCCUGUCCACAGAGACGCUCUUCUUCAUCUUCUACUACCUGGAGGGCACUAAGGCGCAGUACCUGGCAGCCAAGGCCCUGAAGAAGCAGUCGUGGCGAUUCCACACCAAGUACAUGAUGUGGUUCCAGAGGCACGAGGAGCCCAAGACCAUCACCGACGAGUUUGAGCAGCACCCAGCAGAGCAGGGGCUCGGCAGACCCUCCGUGGGGAGCUGCUUAAAAUGGCCUUCUCGCGUUUUAAUCGUUCACUGACUGGAAACACCCGCCUCUCCCGCACCCUGGAGCCGGCUCCUGGGGGGGACCGUGGGCACAUCCCCUGAACCCGUCUCGCCGUCCCUCCCUGUAAGCCUCGUGGGUGUCAGGACCCGCUGCGCCGCUGUUAUGAGGAUUAAAUGAGUUGACAACGUCUAAGUGGCAGUGGUGCCUGCUCCGUGCCCGGCGUCAUGGGCGUCCGUGGUCCAGCUGCUGAGUUGCUGCGCUCCCGUGGUGUCCCCCCGGCGCCACCUCGUGGUGGUGCCGUGUUAGGUCCUCGACUGGCCUACUUGUGCCGCCCUGGUAGCCACUCGGGCCGUUCCAGGGCCUCCCGCCGAGCCACAUCACGCCGUCACCCAGAACAUGCCUGUCCCUGCUCACGGCUCAGCUCAGGCUCCGAGCCGAGCCAUCCGUCCCAGAGCAGUGGUGGCACCUGUGCCUCGAGGCCUCUCGUCCCAGCCAGCGGCCCUGAGGACAGUCCCCUGGCUGCUGGCCCGGCCCACUC